CAAUACAUACAGUUUCUUCGCGAUCGGAGACCUGUUUGGACGGUUUCGCGAAUUGAGAACUCCCUUUGUAAUAGAAUAUAUCUUUAGUUGAGCUUUAUUUUUGUCUUGUUAUAAAUACGAGUUCCUCUUCUUUUUUGUACGUCUUUCUCGCCCACCGAAAAGUGCAUAGGGUUUUUCGGUCGUUAUAUUUGGUCGUCUCUCGUUUUUCGCGCCUGAGACAGAAUACAGUGUGGAAUUUUGAAUAUUAAAGUGAUAUAUAAUAGUGAGAAGCUGUCGUGACUCGGACUCGUGAGUGUGGUCUCGGAGUUCUAAAUUUGGCCCAGAAUUACUUAAAAUUCAAUUUCAUUUACGUGCAAAACCAUCCACCGUCGAGGCGACCGUGUCAUUUCGCUCUAGAAAAUCCGCACCCCGUCCGAGACCAGCUAAAGUGAUUUGUUCGUGGCCUUGAAGUGUGUACUGUGGUGCUACGUGAAAAGAAUCCAAUUGCUCGUGAAAGUUUGUUAUCCGUACGGCUUUUUCGUUUGAAUCACUAGUUUUAUCAGUAACUGAGAAAACCACCGCACUAAAAUGUCCAAGCACGCCUCCCCACUCCACCAAGCCGAGGAAGAGCAGAAAGCAGUGUUUGCGCGAGAAAGGCCACCACCAAUUCCAUUUCGCAAGAUCCUGUACAACUCCCACGAAGGAACCGUUCUCGGCCGUACCGCAGGAUCAUGGGCAAAAAUCGGUACCUUCUACUUCCUGUUCUACUGUGUACUGGCCGCCCUGGUUGCCGUCUGCAUGUGGGUGUUUUUCCAAACCCUAGACCCUAGGACUCCGAAGUGGCAGCUGGAACAGUCGAUUAUCGGAACGAAUCCAGGACUCGGUUUUCGCCCGCUACCCUCCGAGGACAAUGUGGAAAGUACGCUGAUUUGGUACAAAGGUACCGAAGAGAAAAACUACAAACAGUGGACCGAUGCACUGGACACUUUUCUACAAGAUUAUAGGACGCCCGGACAGAUUUCGGGCCGAGGACAGAACAUUUACAACUGUGAUUACACCCAACCACCCCCACCAAGGACAGUAUGUGAUGUGGACAUCAAACAGUAUGGACCAUGUACCCUGGAAAACCAUUACAACUAUCACAAGAGCGCUCCCUGUGUGUUCCUGAAACUGAACAAGAUUUACGGCUGGGUUCCCGCUUUCUACAAUGAUUCAAGCAAACUGCCACACAACAUGCCAAGUGAUCUUUCGGAUUACAUCAAGACUGUAGAGGCUCAAGCCAAGCACACGAUGAACACAGUAUGGGUGUCGUGCACAGGAGAAAAUCCGGCUGAUUUGGAAAACGUCGGUCCAAUCAGCUACUAUCCGCGACGUGGUUUUCCAGGAUAUUACUACCCAUACGAGAACUCAGAAGGAUACCUGAGUCCACUGGUUGCUGUGCAUUUUGAACGACCGAUUCGUGGCAUCAUCAUCAACAUCGAGUGCAAAGCGUGGGCACACAACAUCAUCCACGAUAGACACGAACGUCUUGGAUCCGUGCAUUUUGAGCUUCUGAUUGAUUAAAUAGUAUCCUAAGGGCCAUGCCAUCUGCCACGCGGGCCAAUCUCCUUUCCACAACUACUUUCUUAUGCCUAAACGUUUUUAAUCAGACUCUCAGAUAGGUAGACCACAAUUUUAACUUCGAAUUUUUUGUUUGUCUAUUAUCACAAUGCUAUCAACAAUAUCAAGCCAUUUUUUACAACUUUUACACUCGUGUCAAUGUUUGCAAGUUAGAAUCUACUAGGAAUCGUAGGAUAUAGGAUGAAUUUCGUUAGCUCUUUCAAAAUCAACCAAUUAGGCAAUCUACGACGAUCUUUACUAAACGCAUUAAAAAGCAAGAAAAAAAGACGAUAGAAAGCACAAUUUGUUGUAUGAGGUAAGAUUGUUCUGCUUGUGUUUCAACUAUUGUAAAUAAUAAAUGAAAGUCCAAAGGCCGCUAUUUCACUGAUUCGUUAUGGUGUGAAAUUUUGAGACUUCGAUAGACAUCGGUGAUGAAUAAAUUGCGCGCAAAGAUGGAUUUGGUCAAACAGCUAGUAGACAGGAUACGUGCUCGUUUCCUCAGUUUUUGUACAACUGCCAAUUUAAUGGUUCACCUCUAAAAAUAACAAAAACGAUCGACCGUCGACAGCAAACUCCGGCAAUAGCAGUGCAGUGAGGUGAACUGUAGGGUUUCGCACUGUUAAUGCGAUGAUCUUUUUGAGUAGAUAGCUCAUUUUAGUUGUUGAAACAGUUUUUGGCUCAAUCGCACUACAAGUAAGACCAAGUAAAUGCACGUUACGUUUAUUAAUAUAACGUCUAUAUUUGUAACGAUCACUGUUCAAAUGUGAAACAACAGUUAACACUGGUUCAUCUAUUUACAAUCAAAACAACAAUUAUACUAAACAAACAUACUGGUCGAACAUCCUAUAGAACCGAACAUGAUAGCAACACUAGAUAGUUUUAUUUAAAGAUGGUAGAAAAGUAUUAUAGUAUUAUGCACCGUGGCAAUACGAGUGAAGAACCGACCAAAAGAGAACAAGAAAAGUGCCAACACAGACAACUCAAUCACCUCCCCUGUAUCCGUUUUGUAUGUUCAUUUUAUGGCGAAUAGCCAUAAAAGAUAGGUAGAGUCGAGACAACCACCGCAGUAUAGAACGUUUGUACAAGAUGAGACAGCAAUCCACCAUAAAUUUAUGAUAUAUCAGCACGAGCUAACUUUUUAAAUUUUGCAUUUCAAAUCUCGAUGUUGUACAUUUGUUUUUCUUUUUUAUUCGAUUGUUUCAAACAAACAUUGAUUGAUUUAUUGCGUCCUUGGAAUCUAAAUUCCACGUUUUAUGUAUUUUUAAACAAUAAGUUUCAGAGUAAGUAACUUCUAUAUUUAAUCGGUGUGCUUCGAAAUUUGAUACCAGCUUGUUAGUAGGAAUCAAAAAGUUUUUCUCAGUCUGACAUAAUUGGAUCCACAUCCCUACUCAGUAUGCAGCUCUGUACAUGAUUACUAGAUAAACUAGAAAUAGAA